AUUUGCUGUGAUAGACUGUUCCAAGCUCUAUUCAAUCUUGGAUGGUGAAUAGUGAUAGCCAGCUUUGAAAAGUUUUUGUGAAAUACUGACAUUUAAGAGUUAGGACAUAAAUAUAAUUUAAUUAAUUUUGUUUGUAGUUUUGUUAUUAAGGUGCAGACUUGUGAUCAAGUGUAAUUUAUAAUUCUUUUGGUGCAAAGACAUUCAUUGGAUGACAUUACAUUUAAAACAGCAUUUUGGUCUUAAAACAAAAGCUCAGUUUUGUUUUUUUGAACAUUAAGUGUUACCAUUUUGCAUCAAACGCCUCAUCAUGGUUUGUGGUUUCAAAAACUGCCAAUGGGAAUUCUUGGUUCUGCUUGCAUUAUCACCUCUCACACUGUUAAAUGAAGUAGAGGCAGAGCCAUUGCAAGUGUGUCAUUUGGUAAGUAUAAUUAAUUGUGGUUUUAACACCUCCAUUAAUAUAGGUAAAUUUAAAUGUAUCUAAAUCUGUAUCAAUAUGUGUCAACACAAAUGUUGGUUCAAAAUAAGAAAAUUAGAUAUUCUUAACAAAGUUCUUUUAUGACUUGCCUUAUGAACAGUUUUCAAAAUAAUGUUUACAAGUUUUUAAAAUUUUCUUCAUCUUUACUAUUUCAUUUGUUACAUAAUAAGUAUGUAAACAAAAUUAUUUUCUUUAUUUUGUUCUAUCCUUUUUCUUUUAACCACUUCGCUACCGAUGGCGUCGACGCGAUGUCACGGUCACCCACUUUCAAUUACCAAGGACGUCACAUCGUCGUAAUAACAAAAAAGUUAAAGAACUUUUCUGAAAUACCAAGGAUGGCACGUCGACGUCAAAUUUCAAUGCUAUAUAUUUCCUUAUUCGUAGAGAAGUUAAAAAGCAAAUCAGAUAGAGAAUGAAAUAUACCGAAAAUUUCAUCUUUUAAGUUUUUUUAUUGCCGAGUCUGCAAAAAUCGAAGCCAAAGACCAGUGGUAGCAAAGGGGUUAAACUAAAAAAAAAUUUAAAAAAUGAAAAUGAAUACAUUUAUUGUCAGUAAAAUAUGAAAAUUGGUCUUCAAAUUUAAAUGGGGGAUUUUUUUUAUGAGCCAUACAAGUAGUGUUGGAUGGCCACUGUAUUUCUUCUUUAAUAAAAAAAAAAUUGAUAUUGUGUGAGGCUUAGCCUAAUUAUUAAUUCUAAAAUUUGUAUUUGAUUUUAAGAUUUUUUCAUAAAACAUUGUUUUAUUGCUUUUAUUUUCUAAACAAAUCAAUUUUUUUCCUGUUAUUGUGAGACCUUUCAAAAUCUUUAUAAUAGCAUGUUUUAAUUUAAAAUUUAAAUAUAUAUACUUGAGGAUGACCUGAAUCUCAGCUACACCAAAGAAAAUGUUCUAACCUUUAUUUUAUCAGAAAUUUCUCACUAUCUUUUAAAAAAAUGUAUUGAUUUAGCUGCCCACUAAUUUAUUGUGUACUUUGUAAAGGAUGAGUACCAUUAUGUGUAUACUGAGUGUGACACUGAGGGUGGUAGAUGGAGGGUGUCUGUACCAAAGAACCCUGGAUCCUGUAUUCCAGGCACAUCUCCUGGAACAGCAAUGCGAGGAAAAGAAUGCAGUAAGUUUGUUCUUUAAAUACAAAGCCAUUUUUUUAAAAAUAAGUUUUGGAUUCAUAAACUUUUUAUGGUGGUGAAUGUUUUGAAAUACUGAUCAGUGGUAAUUAUAAAUACUUAAGAAAUUUAGGAUUCAGCUCAAAUCGAUAAGUUCAAGAAUAUCUGAUGUCUUAUAUUACACUUAUUUGCAGAAGUUUUGUAAUUAUAAUGUUAUACAGUCGAACCCGCUUAUCUUGACCUCGGUUAACUAGCCAACCCUGUUAUGCUGACGUUUUUGAUGUGGAACCGCCAAAUUCUCUCUUUGUCUUAGCAUUAUCUGCUCUGUUAUGUAGAUUAUUUUAUGUUGCCAAAUUUGCCACUUUACCUCAGCUAUCUCAAUCCCCAUGACCAAUCGCCAGCUUUUGAACUCCGCAAGAAGAAAUAGCAAACAACAAAUAAACAAAUUUUUCAUAAUUAAAAAUAAUUAUUUAUUUCUCAAAAUACAGGACUUGUGUUUUAGACUGAACCUAGAAGUAAUUUAAAUAAAUAUGUUUUUAAUUCAAGGUUUAAAAACCCAGUAAAGUCCAUAUUAUAAAUUAUCAUAAUUUGCAGUGUGCGAAACGUUGCCAUGGCAACCCUCCACGAUCACUUGCAUAAUGGCUAUGCUGUGGUACUAUGUCAAGGUUUCAUUCAUAAGAAACUUCCUCUGACACCCCCCCCCCCCCCCCCCCCCCCCCCCCCACCAUACACACCAUUGGUCAGGGAAAGCUUAAAUUAAUUAGUUAUGUGGCAAAGUUGAAAGUUCAAAAUAAGUAGUCUCUAAAUAUUAUUUUAGUAAAUAAGGGAUGCGUUGCCUUAUAUAAACUAUAUAGUCAUUGCGCAAGACACUAUCAGCAGAAUGAGGUCACAAAAUGUGGUGGCUUCGUCCAUAGUAGAAAAUACCAAACGAACUCGCACUUUAAAAAUUCGUAGCUCAGAAAGUACUAAAGUUAAAAAGUUGAUUCUGGUUUCAUUUAUUUAAUUUGAAAUUUGCUCUAAAUAACUGUAAUAUUUAAAAAAUUAUUUAUAAUUUUUUUUGUACUGAAGUACCUGCAUUUAUUAAUGCACAUCAUGUACAUAAAGUAAUUUAAAGGACAUGUUAAUAUAUUGCGGCCAUAUUGGUUUUUGGUUAUCUCGAUCAUUGUUUAUCUUGACUCAUUUUGGCAAACACCGAGGCCGUCGACAUAACUGGGUUCGACUGUACUUUAAUGUCAGAAGUAUGGAAGGGAGUUAACUAAUUAAAGUUUUUGUGUGUGGAUGGACAGUAACAGGUCCCUUUCUUUGAUUGAAAUUUUAAGAUUUUGCUUGCAACACUGGUGAAUAUCUGGACAUCCAAGGUGACCAAGAGUGUCACCCAUGCCCGGCAGGUUCCUACUCCUUGGGUGGAGGUGUCAGAUUCAGUGAUUGGGACAAGCUGCCACUUGGCUUUGCUGUCAAACUUGAGCACAUUAGCCAGGUCGGAAUGAAUAGCUGGAGGAGACGAAUCAAUGAUAGGGAAAAUUGCUCAAGGUAAUGAAUAACUUUUUUAAAAAGCCUGCAUUAACAUGCUAUAACCUUAAAAGCAGUUUUGUGUGUUUUAAUGCACACAUCUUAAUAGUAUUUGAGAUAACACAGUCGAUUGCACAAUGAGAAUCAAUGACAAAUGCCUACCAAACUUCUUGGACUCUCUGGCCACACUAGCAAAUCAUAACAUUAUUCACUAGAACAAACAUUUAACAUUGUAAAAAACCUUUCAAUUACAAAAAUGUUUUGCAUUGAGAGCUGUUUCUUUACAAAUAUCUUCUUAGAGUACUAGUGCAGCUAAUCAGUAUUUAUGAGUUUUUCUUUUCAACACCAACUUCGAUUGAUAAAAAAAAAAGUGUUGGAUGCAAUAGUACUGGAUAGUUUACACUCAAUGCAAGUUAAAAAAAAUAAUUUAAAAGAAGGCUCCAAUUCUCUUUAAAAUAUAAUUUAAAAUGUAUUAUAUUAUUUCCAAUCUUGGGGGUUCUUUUUCGUUAAAUCAGUUAAUAAAGAAAAAUCCUAAGAGGUGUAUUGAGUUCAAGGCAUGACAUGAAUACGUGUUUAAAACCCAGCAAUAUUAUUGGGGAAAAAAGCCAACACAAUUCCAGGAAGUCUGGAUAGCAGUGACUCGUCAGAGAAGAAGUAAAACUUGUACGCAUUUCCGCUGCCCUUCAGCUACACCAUCUAUGGUUAAGGUUACAUGUAGUAAACCCUACUGAAAUAAAAAUCUGUAAAUGGUGUUUAGAAAGUUGUCUGACAUUAAACUUAGUGUAACUUCUGCAAAUCCUGGAAUGCAAGUGGUGCCAAAAUUUUUCAAUAAUUUGACUUUCUUUUGGUUCCACCAGCAGUGUUCAGGCUUAAUAAUUUUUAUGUAUGAAACUUCCAGUAAGAUUACACCAUUAUGAAAUUUCCAUUAAGAUUACACCUUCUCACGAUGACAUUGGAUGCCAACAAUGUUCUGCCAUCUUGUAUUAAAAGCCCUGUGGGUAUAAGGAGCUUUUAAGCUACUGGUAAUAGAAGAUUCAUUGCUAUCAUGACUUUAUGCAAAAAAUGAUAACUAACUAGCUAAAUAUUUAUUUUGGCUGAGAUUUUUUGUUAUGUGAUAUAAAAAUAAUGAUUUCUGAUUGUAACCGCUUCCUCUGACACCCCCCAACCCCCAUGCACACAGACUUUUCAACGCUUGAAAAUGAUAAUUUUGUCUUCUGGCAAGCAUAUGGUUUAGAUGGUCAAAUUUUGUGUAGAGACUCUUUGAUUUAAGUGACAGAGAAAAUCCAUACUGCAUAUAUUAUCAUGUUUUUGUGCUCUCAGUUGAAUGGGAAUUAGAAUUUCUCAAAGAUGAAUGAGAGAGUCUGUUUUCUAUCAUUUUGUCACAUCCUGGCCCUGUGGGUUUUCCAUAAAUGACAUAUUUUGUUUCUCUCAGGCUUCUUACACUUCUCUUCAUUAUCUAUUGUUGUUGUCUCACUCUGCUGUAUUGAUUUUUUUUACAAAAUUUACUUUUUACGGCUUUUGAAUCCCUCAAGGCAUGUAACCUGAUUAGAUAAAAAAAACAACAAGGUCCGUAAAGGGAACUAUUUUUGUUGAAAUUCAACACUUGCACUACAUUUCAGCUAUGAAUUUAUGUUGUUUUUAUUUGAAAAUCAGUUUAAAUCUAAGCAGCCAUUAGAGAAACCAGCAGACAGAUUAUUCCUAUCACAUUUUUCAAUUAAAGUCAGUCUCCCCCCCCCCCCCCCCCCCCAAUCAGUCCUAUAUCUCCCACCAUCCUCCUCAAAAUAUGGUAAUCAAUAGAUUUUUAAUUAAAACUUGAUUGCUUGAUGCAGCUUCUAUUCUCUUUCGACUGUGAUUUUUAAAAUGUAGUUGUAAGUGUGCUAUACUUACUGUAUAUUGUAAGUAGAGUCGAUCUAGUCUAUAAGUUUUGAAAUAAAAAUUACAAAAUGUGCUAUGACUCAUCGAUAAGACGAGGGUAAAACUUGGGGCUUUGAAAUUCUGUGAUUUUUACUUAGCACGGAUUAUACUAAACUAUGGCUGAUGUAUAAUUGACUCCAGACUUAUCACACCAGAUGCUUAUAUCUAAAUCUCCUUCUGUGUGUGUACCCAGCAUCUGGGUUAACGUACAGCCCCUGGUAGGUACACUAGCACAACUGGUAAUUCAAAAUCGCCCUGCAUUCAAUAAUACUGUUAAAACUGGAACUGACCCCGGGGAUGAUUCGAUUUUGCCUUUUAAAAUGAAGUUUACACCAAAAAUUUCUCGACUUACACAAGAGUAUAUGUGGAACAUAUAGUAAUGUGUUUUCUGUUAUUUCUUCUAACCCCUUCCCCAUUAUCAUGCUCAGUCUUAUCAUAAACCCACCAGCCACAUUUCACAACUGUCACAGCAUAUCAUUAUAAACCCACCAGCCACAUUUCACAACUAUGUCAAGGCCUAUCAUUAUAAACCCACCAGCCAAAUUUCACAGCUAUGUCACAGCCUAUCAUUAUUAACCCACCAGCCAAAUUUCACUACUAUGUCACAGCCUAUCAUUAUAAACCCACCAGCCAAAUUUCACUACUAUGUCACAGCCUAUCGUUAUAACCCCACCAGCCACAUUUCACUACUAUCUCACAGCCCAUCAUUAUAAACCCACCAGCCAUAUCUCACUACUAUUAUAAACCCACCAGCCAAAUUUCACAGCUAUGUCACAGCCUAUCAUUAUAAACCCACCAGCCAAAUUUCACAACUAUGUCACAGCCUAUCAUUAUAAACCCACCAGCCAAAUUUCACUACUAUGUCACAGCCUAUCAUUAUAAACCCACCAGCCACAUUUCACUACUAUCUCACAGCCCAUCAUUAUAAACCCACCAGCCAUAUCUCACUACUAUUAUAAACCCACCAGCCAAAUUUCACAGCUAUGUCACAGCCUAUCAUUAUAAACCCACCAGCCACAUUUCACAACUAUGUCACAGCCUAUCAUUAUAAACCCACCAGCCACAUUUCACAUUUAUGUCACGGCCUAUAAUUAUAAACCCACCAGCCAAAUUUCACAACUAUGUCACAGCCUAUCAUUAUAAACCCACCAGCCAAAUUUCACAACUAUGUCACAGCCUAUCAUUAUAAACCCACCAGCCACAUUUCACAACUAUGUCACAGCCUAUCAUUAUAAACCCACCAGCCACAUUUCACAUUUAUGUCACGGCCUAUAAUUAUAAACCCACCAGCCAAAUUUCACAACUAUGUCACGGCCUAUCAUUAUAAACCCACCAGCCAAAUUUCACAACUAUGUGACAGCCUAUCAUUAUAAACCCACCAGCCAAAUUCACAGCUAUGUCACAGCCUAUCAUUAUAAACCCACCAGCCAAAUUUCACAGCUAUGUCACAGCCUAUCAUAAACCCACCAGCCACAUUUCACAACUAUGUCACAGCCUAUCAUUAUAAACCCACCAGCCAAAUUUCACAGCUAUGUCAAGGCCUAUCAUUAUAAACCCACCAGCCAAAUUUCACAGAUAUGUCACAGCCUAUCAUUAUAAACCCACCAGCCAAAUUUCACAGCUAUGUCACAGCCUAUCAUUAUAAACCCACCAGCCACAUUUCACAACUAUAUCACAGCCUAUCAUUAUAAAUCCACCAGACAUUUCUCACUACUAUUAUAAAACCACCAGCCAUAUCUCACAAAUAUUAUAAACCCACCAGCCACAUCUCACUACUAUUAUAAACCCACCAGCCAUAUCUCACAACUAUUAUAAACCCACCAGCCACAUCUCACUACUAUUAUAAACCCACCAGCCAUAUCUCACUACUAUUAUAAACCCACCAGCCAUAUCUCACUACUAUUAUAAACCCACCAGCCAUAUCUCACAACUAUUAUAAACCCACCAGCCAUAUCUCACUACUAUUAUAAACCCACCAGCCACAUUUCACGAUUAUGUCACGCCUAAGUGGAUCAACCUGAAAAAAAACCUAUUUCAUUGUUCAAUGUUUCAUUUUUUUUUUUUCAACCUAAAAAAAAUGUGUCCACAUAGUAUAGUGUAGUAGUACUAAUGGAGUAGUGAAUUACUGGAUGUUUUUCCUGCUAACAGCAGGGGUUCUUAAUCUCUUUGAAGCGCCACUCCCCUUAUUGAUUUCAAAACAUUUCCCACACCCCCAUCUGCAUGUCAAAACAUACUUCCCACUAUUACACAGUAAAAAUAACUAAUAAAAUUGUAAAUAAGCCUGAUGUUCUUUGGUCUUCCUGCACCCUCUGACACUGCCUCCCCCUGGUUAAGAACCCCUGUCUUACAGUGACAGAGUACCAUGUUCUGUUUACUGCUGAAGAGCUUAUUCUGUAUUCUCUUUGACCCAGUCAGUUUUUGUUUCAUUAUUCACUGGUCAGAGAACAUCAGGUAAACGACCACCUGGACUCCACUUCCCUGGUUCACAGUAUAAAUUGGGCUAUUUAUAAACCAGUUGUUUGUCAGUACCAAAUGUGCUGUGACAGAAGGGGGAGGCAGCAUUUGUAAUGGCCUGCCAUUAAGCCACACAUCUUGUUACAAGGGAUAUCUUUGGUGGCAAGGGAUAUACCUUGUGUGUUGCCACCUGGUUUAAACAGCCCAGGUGUUGCACAUGCCAUUGAUGCUGACUGUUUUUUACACAUGCCAUUGAUGCUGACUGUCUGUUACAUAUAACAUUGAUGCUACUGUUUUCACAUGCCAUUGAUGCUGACUGUCUGUUACAUAUAUCAUUGAUGCUACUGUUUUCACAUGCCAUUGAUGCUGACUGUCUGUUACAUAUAUCAUUGAUGCUACUGUUUUCACAUGCCAUUGAUGCUGACUGUUACACAUGUCAUUGAUGCUGACUAUCUGUUAGUGUUACACAUGUCAUUGAUGCUGACUGUCAGUUACACAUGUCAUUGAUGCUACUGUUUUUACACAUGUCAUUGAUGCUGACUGUCUGUUACACAUGUCAAUGAUGCUCACUGUUUUUUACACAUGUCAUUCAUGGCAUUAUCCAGGCAUAGGAAUACUCUUGGCUUGAUAGAAGGGACUUCCCGCUUUGGUAAAUUUUGAGAACAAGGCCCGCGCUGGCCGCCAUCUUGGUUGACACAACUAGUUAAUUCUGUCACUAAACCUAAACUAAAUGGAUCCCUAUGCCUAACCUGAACCCUAAAUCGAUCCCUCAACCUAACCUAAACCCUAAUUCAUUGCAACUAUAAUAAACACGCACAUGACAUCAUGGGCUUCGUUCUCAACAUUAGACCCCCUCUUUGUUUUGAAAUGCCUUUACAAGGAUGUCUUGUACCAUUUAUUAGCUUGCCUCAUGAUCCACUGGUCAGAUUUACACAUUAUUUUUUGCUGUAGUCUUUAAACGCAUUGGUCUAUUUCAUAAAAGAAAUAUGGUAUAAACAUUUAUAUUAAAUUAUUAUUUUCUCACACAUAGACCCUUGAUUACCUCAAGCACCCCCUUGAUUACCUCAAGCACCCCCUUGAUUACCUCAAGCACCCCCUCCCUCCCCCCACUCUCCCCCUUAUUGAUUACCUCAAGCACCCCCUUGAUUACCUCAAGCACCCCCUUGAUUACCUCAAGCACCCCCUUGAUUACCUCAAGCACCCCCUUGAUUACCUCAAGCACCCCCUUGAUUACCUCAAGCACCCCCUGCCCCGCUCUUUUUUGAGACUUUUAACUGCUGAAGUCUGCUCACGGCCUUAAGGGGCUGCCGAUUAUCAUCAGCUUAUUGACCCCCCUUUAGCCACAGGCCACUGGUCUUCUUUAGAACACAGGCUAACAGAGGAUUUGUGACAUUGAACAAAUCAAUAAAUGUAGCUGUUACCUUUUUUGUGUCAUGUUGCCUCUCCUAAUAUGCUACAUUUUAUAUACACCAUACCACCCACCCUUGCAUGUUGCAGGAACUCAGUUGUAAAUUGUCACACACCAGUCAUACAACCUGAUUUUGUCAAGAGUAAUGUUUUCCUAAAGCAAUGGAGGAUUCCCAGAUAGGUUUGGCAGUAACAACAUUGUUAUUCCAUUUGUGGGAUAAAUUGGAGGCUCUUCUGGUCCACUAUUUUUAGCCUCCCCAUUAUCUCCGGCUUGAUUUGUAUCAACAUGCAAAAGCCAUACAGAAAAUAUGGGCACAUGUCAGGCAAUGUUGAAUCCAAUAAAGGGAGGCAAAAUGGAUUUAACAAGGACCGAAUGCAGUCUGAUUUCUGUCUCUGGCAGGGGACAUAAUAGAAAGAUCAGACAUAGCCUGGGGUGAAAAAAGGAAAAGUUAAUGCCUUGGAACAUGGAAGAAAAAGUUUUAUGAAAGGAUAGUGCAAAGAGAAAAAUGACUGCUUUUUCAUAAUUUCCCAUUAUCCAAAGAAACACAUUUAUUUUGACAUCGUCUUUCAUUAAAAAAAUAUAAAUAAUUACAGUCUUUGAUGUUGACGUUAGAUUGUUAUGUUUUAUGUUCUCUAACUUCCAUUUAUAUUAAACACUGAGUUUAUUUUUGUAUUAUCAACCAUUUCAAUCAUGAAUCCGGUCCAUUGAAUAAAAAUGUUCCAUCUGUGUUGCUUGUUUAUGAAUGCUUAAAUCUAAGUGUAAUUAAUGCUGGCCAUGGUUACACUAUUUACAUUUCUCCCCAACAGGUCAGAAUGGACGCCCAGAGGGAACUACAUCAUGUCUGUGCCUAGUCAAUGUCCAAGCAACUUGUUGUUCUCUGCAAAGCUGGUCAGGCCUGGCAAGGUCUCCUUUGAAUACCAGUACACAGAUCCAGAGUCCAUCUUUCACUUUACAGUUAGUAGUUUUAUUUUUGUGUGUGUUUUAGUUGCUAUCUUUUGGGAUCAAAAACAGGUUUCCCCCCAGAAAAACUGCAUGCACAAUAUUUUUAUUUGUCGGAAUGUUUUUUUUUGUAGGUAUUCCAACCACAUGUGAUCCCUAACUAAAAUAUUUAAUCUGGCCAGCCGUAUGCUUGUAAAAAUGCCUGGCAAUUGGAUUCUUCAUCUCAUGUGGAAUUCUAAGCUUUAUUAUUGAUUUUCCUCACCUCAUUUAUCCAUGAAUUCAUAGAGAAUAUUUCUUCCUGUCUGGGUGGCUUUUUUUCUUUUGAGAGUUUCUUCCCUUGGAUUAAAAAAAAAACACAAAAAAAAAUCAACAAAAAGAACAAUAAUAAUAUUUUCAUUUAAUUUAUUAACCGUGCCUGCAUUCAGCUACUGUAAAUCACCAUGUUUAUUCCACUCUUUAGGUCCAGAAUGAACAGUGCCAGGCCCUGGAUAGUGAAGAGAAUGAUAAAUGGCCAGAGAUCACCAGUGAAGGGAAAUGGUCAACUGUAGUGGUUAGUCAUUUAUUUUUCUUUAUUGUUACUUAACAUAUUUUUUAAUGAAUGUUUUGCUUACAAAUAAUAUUGUAAUCAGCUGAGAGGAACAAGUGAUCUGUCAUGCAUAAGAUUAGUUGCUGCAUUUUUAUUUUAAACCGUUGUAAAAAAAAAUAUUAAAAUGCUUUGAAGAAAUCAAUUGAAAAUAUAAAAAGGGCAAUGUUUUCAUGUUUUAUUUUAUAAGCUACCAUAACCUGAGUUAUGGACAGCAAGGGGAAUGCACUCCAGUCUUCUGAACAUAUUUAUUGUUACUGAUGAAUGUGCACCCAGUCCUUUGUCCUUGUCCAUAAAAACACAUUUUAGCUGUCUUCACUGUCUGUAACAGUGAUCCCUCAAUUGGCAACAUUUUUUUCAUUGUGGGAAAUUCAGCCCAUUGUUAUUACAUGUUCAACACUGGAUCGCCCUGGGGUAUUCUUGUCUUCAGCAUUGUACAUCAGCAUUGAUUGAUUUUAUGUGAAGCUUAAUAGUGCUAAAUUUAAAAGACUAAUAUUGUUCUGGGUAUUUUGUGUCUUUUCUGAGUUUUAAUAUGAUUUUAAUAAUCUUAGAAUUGGUUACUUUUAACAAAAAAAAAAAAAAAUCACUUUUUAUUUUUAUGUUUCAUUUUUGUUAAAAUAUCUGGGUUUUGGCAUUCAACUGCUCAUAUGUCUGGUUGGGGCACACAUGUGACUCGUUUGGGAACACUACAAAUUUCUUGUUUGGGAAAACUACUAAUGUCUGGUUUGGCAACACUACAAAUGCCCAGUUUGGGAACUUUACUAAUGUUCAGUUUGGGAACUUUACAAAUGUCCAGUUAGGGAACUUUACUAAUGUUCUGUUUGGGAACUUUACAAAUGUCCAGUUUGGGAACUUUGCAAAUGUCCAAUUUGGUCACUUUACAAAUGUCCAAUUUGGGAACUUUGCAAAUGCCCCAUUUGGGAACUUUAGAAAUGUCUAGUUUGGGAACACUGGGGAGCUUAAUUUUGGCCUCGGAUCAAACUUUACUGUAUCCUGUAAGAGUAAGCCAAAAGUUCAUUUUGUUUAAAAGGUUGUUGUUAUAAAAAAAAUUCCAUUAAAGUGUUUGGCUCUUCUAACUAACAAAAAAAGUUAGGAUAUUUUAGUCAUGUUUUUAUAGGGUCUUGUUUACUAUUUAUUUAAUCUAAUAUUGUUUCCAGAACUAAAUUGUGUUUUUCUAUUUCAUAUUCUUUGACAUUAAAACAUUCUGUUUUUGUGUCUUGCUUAAAAAAAAUAUCCGUGCAAUGCCAAUGUGUUUGCUUUCCCACCUUAGGUCAACUUGAAGAGUGGCAUGACUGUCCUACAAUGGAGAACUAUUGGAGCCUUAUCAGAAAUAAUGCAUUCCACUGUCAGCCCGUUGCUCAUAAGAAAAAUUGAAAUUACCGGUAAGAGAGAUUCCCCUUAGAUCUCCCUCUGCUGUUAGUAUUUUUUAUUUUUCAAGAGGAAACCUUUUGUUAAGUAGUUAUAUGUACUGGACUUCAAAUAGUGAUUCCUUCCAUUUCACUUUUAAAUCUUUGACUCCCGCAAGUAUUUACAUGGUUUUAAGAUAAUAUAAUAUGCUUUUAUUAAUCCAAGUAAAUGAAAAUUUGUUUUGAUCGUAUUGCACAUAUUGUUUUCAUUCUUCAAAGUCUUUGAGUCUUUAAGUUUUUCACCAAAAUUGGUCAGCGUUCAGUGAAUCAUUUUUCUGUCACAAUAGCUGUUAGGUUCUUGAGAUUAAUUUUGCAUUUUGAACAGUUUGGCUUUUGUUAGAAUCACUUUUUUAGACAAUAAUAAUGUCUGCAGCAGACCUAUCUUUGGUUUGUUGCUUUGAUGAUCCUGCCAUCAUACAAGAUGGAGGACCAGACCUGUUUACUUUUACGAUUUUGGCGUACAAUGUACGAUUUUGAGGUGUAUACCUUAAAUAUAAUGUGUGUGUUAUUUUUACUAUUAAGAUUUGUGUAUUGAACGAUUUUGUGAUAUUGUACGAUUUUAAGAGUUUGAGGGUAAACAGGUCUGGAGGACUGUUGAUUCCAAAGUGGGGGAUUUAAAUUUGGUUGAAGCCUGAGGUAUCCAAAAACUCCAUUUGUUACUCAUGAUAAAACACAAGAUUAUCUGUCCAAAGCACAUUUGACACAUUGACCACUCCUUUAUUCCCAAGAAAACAUAAAAAACAACCCUCAAAACUAUUACAAAAUAAGCAGUGUAAAAUUAUAACCCUUUAGGUUUUAAAAUAAAAGAAACUGAUGCCAGUAAAAAAAUCACAAUCAAUAUCAGGAUGAUAGGCUAUUGUUGAAUCAUAGACAGUAAUAUCUAAAGAUUUUCAUUUGGACUACAGGUAUCAUAUUAUCACAAUACAUGGUUCAUGUAGACCAUAAUCACAUAAACUAAAUUAAAAAAAAAUAUUUAGUAACAUUGUACUUACAAUUUCUCCAAUCUGACUGUGAAGCUAAUGGCUAUGCCAUCAAUUUUUAUUAAACUUCCAUGGUCAUUGUUGCAUUAUCCCCAGAAUCUGUUCAUUAAGGCCUCUAUUUUUGUAUGGCUCUCUGGUUGACAACCAAUCAUAUUCAGUAUUGACUGAAGUCUUUUUCGAUUCAUCAUCGUGAUGUACUGUAACACAGACACAAUUGAGUUUUAGUCUACUAGCCAGGCUUUGGCUGUUAUCCCAUGGUGAAUUCAAUGGCUAAGUAUGGUAUAAUCCUGUCUGGGUACACACUGGAAAUUUUGAAAAACAAAUAUUUCUUUGCACACAGAUAAUUAUAUCCACGAUGAAAUGUCAUCUGUCAUGUAGAUAAUCUAUCUUUGAGUUUGUUUAGUGUCAUGUAGAUUUGGAUGAACAUUGUGACUGUUUUGAAUCAAAAAUUAUCUGCCGUUCUUUUCACUUCUCACCACUGUAUAUGUAACUAGAGGCUUGCCAUUCACAUACUUUCAGUUGUUUGAAAGUUGCUGAGAUCAGUUCUAUAACUACUAUUAAAGAGCACACCUUCAAUGGUUGUAGCAAAGUUGUGUGAAUAGUCCACUCAUUCUUGCUGUAAAUGUGUUCCACCUUUAGCUCCCCCUUUCUGCAGGGCACUGAUAAUAAAUAGUUACACCAACUUUCAACUCGUGGUUGUUGACAUUUUUCUUACUCAGAUGCCUGAGAUAUAAAACUAAUGUUUAUCAUAUUGCAGUGUUCAAAAUUAAUUACUAGCAGUAAAUCUAUAAAGGGAGCAUGUUCCUGAGCCACUUGGCUCAAUUGUACCAAGAAAUCAACGAAUAGCCACUAGAAAAAUCAAUCAAAUCAAAUGAAAUUGGGCUGUAAACAUGAAACAGCUGACUGACUCACAAUGCAAAUGGACUCAUCGGACACAGCAAAGUGAAACCAAACAUUUACACUAGGUCAGCUUUUUACAAAAUCAGCUUCUGGGACAGAAACAGAAAAUCGGCAAGGCGGUACAUUAGGUUCACAGGAGUCACUUUAUCUUGUGUCAGGUUGCAAAUAUUAAUCAUUAAAAAAAACUGAAACUAUCUUUUUCUUUCAUGGACAUUGGUCUGGACAAGAAAAAAAAAUUUGGUUGAUGUCAUAAUAAUAAAAAAGUUAUUUUACUGGUAAUUUUUGCAGUGUAGUUUUGAUGGAGCCAUUUGGCCUUGCUUAUAUUAUCAUAAGCAUAAACGCAAAUACAUUGUGUUGUAGGUGUUGCUUACACAUCCGAGUGCACCAAAUGCACCAAUGGCACCUACAGCAGUGGCGGCACAUCAUACUGUCAGAUGUGUGAUGCAGACCAUUACUCUGGUCAUGGUGCCACCCAGUGCACCGCUUGUCAGUCAACAGAAUAUGCAGGUUGGUUACUAGCAUUAUCAUUACUUAUUGGACAUUGCAAGCAUAUGUACUUAAUUUUAUUUUUUUUAAUGCACAAGUAACAAAUGUCUGUGUUUUAUUCUCCACUUUUGUGUGUGUAAAACUGUUAUUUAAAAAAAUAAACUGAAUCUAAAACACAUGACAUCAUAUCUUCUAGAGCCGGGUUCAGAAAGUUGUUCUGUGAGGCCAUCUUGUACAGAGUUUGACUACUAUCAGUAUCUGAAGCCAUGUAAUGAUCAAGGAUUGGUGAGAGACUCUUCUUACUAUCACAAAUAAAAGAUAUUUGGGAUAAAACAAAACAGUACAAUUGUUUUCUGUUCAAGAAUAAAAAUGUCAUGGGCAAAAAAUAAAUAAAAAUCAAGUUCUUCAAGUUUUAAUGAAAUAGAAUUGAUAUUUGGCCUCCUAUAUUAUAUAUUUAUUAUUAUUCCUAUUUUAUAUGGCUUAUUACUCAGUUAUCCAUGUAUCUCUAAUUUGUAAAACCAAGAGAUGAAUAUGCUUCAAGUGAAAAAGUGGAAGAAGUUAUUUGAGUUACACAUUGACCAUAAUUUUCAAACUCCCCCAUGUCCAUCCAAUUGUUAUGGCGAUCCCCAGACUCAAAUGAGCUACAGAUGGAUUGAGCCCAAGAUCUGCAAUGAGAACAAUGAAUCCUCUGUUCCCUUGCCCAAAGAUGGUGAUUGGAUGAAUUGUCCGCCCUGUAACAAGGGCAUGUAUCAAGUCAACGCUUCACAGUGUGAUUUUUGCAAACCCAACCAGUUUGUGGGUGAGUGACUAAGGAGCAAUUCUUUAGUUUCUAAAUCAGACUUCUUGUAAUGAUGAUUCAUGAACAUUCAGCAGAUAACUUUCAACAGAUGCAUUUAUGAGCAUCUGACAAAUUAACUUCAUGAAUAUUAUGAGUAGGUGACAUUUCAUUGGUUUAUGUAGCUAUCCAGGCAAACUACAUCUUGCUUUUUAAAAAAAUCCAGCGUCUCAUUAGUUUAGCGCCCUCCUCCUUUUUUACCCCCCCCCCCCCCCCCCUUUUUUUAAUUUCUGAUUGAUAUUUGUAAUGAUGUAAGGUUUUGACAGCAUAAACUGUACAGAAAAGUGUAAGACUAUUGUGUGUGCUACUCUCACUGCCUCUCUCUCUCUCUCUUCUAGUUAAUAAUGAGUGUAAGGACUGCAGAGUGAAUACUUCACCCAACUACAACAUAGACUACCAGCACUGGACAGUGAUGCCACCUAAUGUCACAGCACAUUGUGUUGCUGUAGGAGGUAAGAGGCUUAGUCUGACUGAGCUAACUAUGUGUGGUGUUGGUUGCUCUGCCAUACAUUAGUUAGCUAUACUCAUUCUGUUGUCCUGACUAGUGUCUUAAGAUUUAUUACAAAAAUUAAAUAAUUGCUCACAUAUUUUGUAUGUCAUCAUCUUGUUAGGACAAUUUAUUAUAACCCUUGGUCAACUUAAAUUGCAUAAUUAGCUUUUAUUGCUAGAAACAGAUUAGCUUAAGUUUGUCAAUUUUUUUUUUUUUUUUUACCAUAAAAAAAACAUUCUCCUGUUGCCCAUUAAAAAAAAAGAAUAAUUAAUAAAGAUGUCAAAAUGAAAAUUGGAAAAAAGUGAAUGCAAAAAAAAAAACAAAACCCAACAACACUGACAACCAACCUAGGCGUAAACAAUGGCUGAGUGUUUCCCCUUUUCAGAACCAUGUCAGAUUAAAUGCUCAUUGCUUUGUUCUGUAUUUAAUACAUCUUCAUACUCUUUUUUUUUUCUUUAUUCCUUUGAAACUUUAAAGAACAACCCUUUUCUUAACAAAAUCAAUGAUUCUUAUGUAAAUAUGAUGUUUCAAAUUCUUAAAUAUAUAUUUGUAUUUAUUUUGUAUUAAGAAAAGAAGCCAAAAAAAAAUUAUUGAUAUUCCCAUUAAGUGCAUUUGAACCUAUGAGGCAUCUGAUGUUUUUUAAUGCAGUGAGCCAGUGCUCCAACAUUGCCGGCUGGCUGCCUUCUGGUGACCACGUGAGGACCAGCUUUGGGGUCAAUGACAACAACAUCUUCCUAGUGCUGCUUCUGAAGUUGCCCGGGUUUAGGGGAGAGCCUGGCUCUGUGGAUGGCAAGCCAAUGGCUCUCGGCACUGUCACUUUUGAACUGGAGGUGGAGUGUACCACAGCCUGCCAGCUGAUUUUCUUAUCUGUAAGUGGGACGUGACAAAGAGUAAAUAUCUAUGACUUAUAGGCUGUGUUGUUUGGGACGUGACAAAGAGUAAAUAUCUAUGACUUAUAGGCUGUGUUGUUUGGGACGUGACAAAGAGUAAAUAUCUAUGACUUAUAGGCUGUGUUGUUUGGGACGUGACAAAGAGUAAAUAUCUAUGACUUAUAGGCUGUGUUGUUUGGGACGUGACAAAGAGUAAAUAUCUAUGACUUAUAGGCUGUGUUGUUUGGGACGUGACAAAGAGUAAAUAUCUAUGACUUAUAGGCUGUGUUGUUUGGGACGUGACAAAGAGUAAAUAUCCUUGAGUUACAGGAUGUGUUUUUUUUUAUUGGUUUUUUUUUUGGUUACAUAUGAACACUUUUAAGAAUAAUAUUUGACCUUUUAAAAUCAAAGCAAAAAAUGCAACUGAGAAGAGAAAUGAGAAAAUCAAAGUAAAGAGUUUGUGAUAUUUCGUGCGCAUUGCUAACAAAAUUUAUAAUUAUUAGUUUCAUUAAGAAAUUAAAUUUUCCAAGUGACUUAAAGCAGUAAAAUGUCAAACUAUAAAAAUUAUGUACAAACAUUGUAAGUCUAUUGAUAAAAUGCUGAAAGUUUGAUCUAAUCAAUUUUUGCAAAGGCAAACAUUUUUUUACAACCUAAAUCGUCCAUUCUUAAAUUACUUUGCCUUAAAAAAAAUCCCUUGCCUUUAAAAAAAAAAAGUAUAAUUUUCCAUCUUGUUUAGUUGUGUAUUUCAUUAACUUUCUUUUUAUGGUUUAAUUUUCUUAUUCUAACAGGAUGCAACUGGAAGAAAUGCUGUCCUUCAAACAUGGAAUGAAAGUGGUCCAAAGAAAACAUACACGUAAUAUACAUACAUUGUUUUUUUAAAAUCUUUUUUGCUCUUAUUUGAAUUAGAUAUUUUUUUAUUUUUUUUUACACAGUUUAUUUAACUUGACUUCUUUGUGGACUAUUUUCUAUUAUUAUUAUUUUAUUUCUUUAUUUUUUUCUUACCAUUGUCCAUGUAUUUUGAUGCAGCUAACAAAUAAUAAAUUGUAACUCAUAUCUACCUUCCAGCCAAGAUAUUUUCACCAAUGAGUCCAUCACACUGACCUGGGCCUUUCAACCAGACGACUUCGGCUUUACAACAGCGGAGGAAUAUGGUCAGCUGAGGAAGAUGAAUAACUUUGCCAAGAUUUACAGCAUCAAGGUCACAAACACUAUUGCAGGGGGAGCGACCACUUGUGAAUCCUGUCCUGAAGGAAAAUCUGAUGAAGGGUACAUACCAAAGUUAAUUCAUUAACCAAAGAGUAUUUGAACUUUAAAAGAAAGUACAAUUUUUAAAGAAGUUGAUUAAAUUAAAAAAUAUAGAUUUUUCAUAUGAAAGAAAUAUUUAAAAAAAAAACUUUAUUAGCAUAAAAUAUCUUUAAGAACACUGCAUAAUGUGAAGAAAGUUAAAAAGUCAAAUGUGAUUUGUUGCAGCUGUAUCCCAUGUCCAGAUGGCCAGUACAUAGACGCCCAGACCCAAAAGUGUGAAUCAUGUCCACCAGGAACCGUGCUGCCCAGCAGCAACUCUUGGGGCAAGGCAUCAUGCAAGCCGUGUGGGCCGGGCCUCCACCCAGUUGGUGGUCGGUCCUGUAAGUCUGACUGUCACUUCACUGAUGACAUGGGCCGGGAAUAUGAUUUCACUGAGCUUGACAGGUAAAAAUUUAAUAUUUAAUACUUGCAUAAGUGCUGAAUAUAAUGAAUUGUUCAUUUGCAAGUUACAUGAAGCACUACAUCUUUACAAAUGUAAAUUUUAUAUUCUAAAUGUUUAAGUCUAUUAAGUGUUAAAAAGAAUAGAACACAUUAGAAAUCAUUUUGUUAAAGACUUUUGAACUCUGAAUAAAUUUGAACAUUGAAAAUCCAGGGUUCGUUUUGUGUCUGGAGCUCGCCUGUUCACAGCCAGCGGCGCCCAGUACUAUCAUGGCUUCAACAUUUCUCUGUGUAACCAUGGCAACCAGCCACUGCCAACCUGCGUCAACAAUGUCACAUCGGAUACAAUGGUGAGUGUUGGGCUUUUCUUUCUCCCACACAGUUUGUAUUCCGUUAUAUCCUGUUGUAUAAUCUAUCUUGUUAAAAGUGCAUCUCCAAUCAGUGUUUCUUCACCUGCCAGAAAGAUAUAAAGCUCAUUUUAAAGACUAGAAAUGUCAGCUUUCAACAACUUCUUGUCCAGCUGACAUGUACUUCAACUGAAUAAUAUUUUUGCUGCAGGAAAUUGUAUCUUUCCAAGCUUCCAUUGAUAAAAAAAUUCAAACAAAUUUUAUUAAAAAAAUACAUUGUUGUAAUUGAAUGAGUGAAAUUAAAAUGAAGCCAGGAAUUAAAUCAAAUACAAUAAUGAGCUUAAUAAAUAUUUAUAAUGUUAAUGAAUACUUAAUCUGAAAGUCUCCUUGAAUCACCAGUAAAAUGUGCUACCAUAUUACAUGAACGUAAACAUUUUAAUGUCAUAUUUCCCUACAGUCAGCUUAAAAUGACCCCCCACCUUGAAACUAAAUGUACAUAAAGAAAACUCAUAAGGCCACACUAUUUAAACUGUUAUUCAUUCAUACAUGUAACCUCCCUUGUUAUAUUUGACAUUACUCCGUACACUAGUUGUUUUUUUUGGUUUUUUUAAAGUGUAUUUUGCAAGAUUAUCCUGAUUUUUGUGUGCAUCAUUGACAGAUAUUUGUUUGAGUAUUUCUAAAAAUCAAUGAAAACUUCUUUCUUUAGAUGAGCAGUUGAGUAGAAGGUAACAGACAAACGCUACACAUCACAUAACUAUAUCAGUCCUAACUUGGCUAACAAAUGUGUUUAAAGCAAGUUGAAGUUGGCUAAGGUAUUAUAUAAAAACAACAACAGCCUGGCACUGCUUUUACCUAACAGCAUAACCUUAGACUAACAAUGAGCUUUGGGCCAGGUUGUAAUGAUACAAAUAACAUGGGAACUCAUAGUAGUUGUAGCAUCUUGCCUUAAUUAAUCCACUAGCAAGUUAAAAACACAUUACACUGUGCAUGACAUCUAACUACCUUUGAACUAUUUCAGCCAAUUAAUUCACUAACAUUUGUUCAUAACAAUCUUUACAGGUUUCAGCCAAUAUUUGGUUGAAGAGUCAUCAUUAGUAGACAAAAAACUAAUUCAGACAUAAUUCCUACUUGAGCAAUCAGCUCUUACAUCUUAACUCCCCCACCCCUUCCAAACCCAACCACUUUGAAACCUCCUUUCAAAGUUUCCUUUGUUGUGCUGUUAUUAAUUAGACCCAAUAAGCCUUGAUAUAAUGAUAUCCUAAUAUUUACAGCAUAUUUCAAUCCCCAUUUCAACACUCCACCCCACAUGGCAUGUUCCCAUGUGCACAAAUCAAGUACGAUUACUGACCCAGGUUAUGUCUAAUGAGCAGAAUAACUUUUCACAAUGUUUGCCAUUUUUGUGGAACUGGAAAUGCAUUUGGAAGUGUUGAUUUGAAACAUGUACGGAGCCAGUCAUAAUUACAUGAAGUUAAAAAAUAGAAAUAGCAUUGUUUGUAGUAGUUAACUAUGUUGCUUGUAGCAGAAAGAAAACACUAACAUUGUUGUUCUUAUAUUUGUUAAAGAAAAAAGGCUCCAGAGAGCAGGAGAUAAUAUCUAGGGACAAUGUAUGUAACAGGUGGUGGACUUGGUUGUGCAUUUUGGUGGAGGAGGAGGUGGUGGCCUCUUUUUCUUCUUGGUCUUUGCUCACCUGUUCCUAUCUUUACCUUGGACCCAUUUUUAUUCUUGAUCUUUUUGAAAAAGAAUUAGAAUUGUAUAACGGGGGAUAUAAUUAUUUACUACUUGAGAGGAAAAAAAUAGGGGUAUAUAUUACUUUAAAAAGAAAAUCAUUUAUUUGGCUUAAGGUAAAACAACAAAAUAAUCUUAAAAUCCUGACCGGUUUUGUUAUCCAAAAUAGCUUUAAAGUUGUAUUUGCAAGAUAAAUUUAUAGAUAAUAAGGAAACUCCUUUCAUAAUAUUUUUUUUUUGUGGGGGUUAAUUUUUGUUUAAGAUGUUGUUGCCUGUGUUUAUCCCUUAAAAAAAUAUAUUUAAGAUUAAAUUUUUAGUGUUGGAAUGGGAAUUAAAUUUUUUUUUUUUAUUCCAUGAAUCUGUCGUGGCCAUAUAAGCUUCUCUCUGGUCAUUUAAGCUUCUCUCUGGUCAUUUUUUUAAAAACAUUCUGGCAUCCAAGGAUGAUUUACAGCCUGAUCAUGUCUGUACAUAAGAAGGACACUACUGUCAGUGUUUGCAUUCGAUAUCCUACUUAUUGGCUCACUUCCAAUAUAUUAUUAAGCAUGAGCAUUGCACUGCAUUGGUACACUCUCUGAUUUCUGAAGAAUACUUGAAUAAUUCAGGGUAAACAAGAAUUGUGAUGUUUUCUUCAUUCAGUCUACUUUUUAAAAAAAAAAAAAGGCAUUAAAAGCAUAAAGUAACUGCUGGUGGUUAUCUUUCAGGAUAUUAAUCAGGAGAAUGCAUUUUCCUUAUAACAGAUGAAAAAAUUAAAAUUUUGACGUGAAUUAUAUUAAUAAUUUUUUGUUUUCCCUGAAAGUUGUUAGGCUGAAAUUAAUGUGGAUUCAAUAUCUGUUUUUAUUACAACACCAAAAGGUAGAAAAAAAAUUUGAUCAUUGAAAUAUCCCCAGUUAUGAUUUAUUUUAAAUCAUUAAUCUAAAUUUGUUUAAACUUGAUUAUUGUGUGUCAGGGAAUACCUGAGUGAGUUAAUUUUCACAUCAUAUCUCUGUGAAAACACUUUUUAAUUGAAGCGUUUGUCCUACAUUUAGCAUUUUAUUUAUUUAGGCAUUUUUAUAUAGCACUUACCAUAAAGCUCUAAGCGCUUUACAAUUAUUAAAAACAUGAAAACUAAGUAAAAUAAAAAUGAGACACUAGGAUAGUAACUAUUAUACUAUAGAAACAAUUAAAAUGGCUAUAAAACGAGGCCACUUUGGCACGUUUUGGCCUAUAUUACAGGAUCAACCCGAGACAGAAAAUGAGGCAGGGCAAGGAAGGGGUAUCACAGGUCAUAGGCGGACCUAAACAGAUGGGUUUUAAGGGCUUUUUGUUUAGUUGUAUUAUUUUCUUUGAGCAAAUUCCCACCAUGGUAUAAGAUGGUCAUUUAUAUGAGGGGUCACUUUGUCAAAAUUAAAUGGUAUUAUAAUGAAGAAGAAAAAAGCCAUAUUUUUAAAAAUCAUUCAUACAUGGAAUAUUAAUGAAAACGAAAUUGAAGAUUUCAUGAUGUUUUAACCACAUAUAAAAAAUAUGUCUUAAUUUAGGGAUUAGACAUAAUCUACAAUAGGGUAAGGUGUUUAUUUUCAAAUGUAGAACCCACAGUGAUUUUAACUCUCCUUUUUUUUUUAUUUCUCCACUAACUUACAAAUUCUGUAUAAACAUCUAAAACUUGUAUAGAAUAAUGUUCUUGUUUAUUUCAACAACUUAUAUUGCUUAUUUUAAAAAAAUGUAGUUACAUAUACAGUUAUUAAACAUACAAUUUCAGGAGUCAUUAGAAAAAAAAAAUUAAUUGACUCUCUAAGGACAAGCCUAAAUUUAUAAACAUUUCUACUUGAAGCUAUUUAUCAAGCCUAUUUUAUUCCUUUUCUAAUUAUGAAUGAAAAGCAAUCAUAAAUUAUUUGAAACAAAGCCUUUGAAAUUGAAUUUUGUAUAUAUUUCUGUAAUUUGUCAACUAUUGAUUCUUCAGCUACUAAAUCAGCCUGGUUACCUGACUAGCAUGGUGUGCCGGUCAACUCUGGUACCACAAGGUGACCAAGACAGGAUCAUAGUGGCCACUCAGCCUGUCAGGUAAUGCCUAAGAUCAGGCCUGCACAACAUACGACCCGCGGGCCACAUGCGGCCCCCCAGCACCCACUUUGUAACUGAAUAUUCUUUAUUCUAUUAUUUUCUGUAGCUUUCCCCCCUGUCCUAUUUUCUUUUGGCCCGCACAAGUCCUUUCCUAUUUAUUUUGGCCUGCACAAGUUUUUCAUAAAGUCUUACGGCCCACCUUACAUUUUGAGUUGUGCAGGCCUGCCUUAGAUGAUUAUUUCCCCCUUUAAGAAUGUAAUUAGUUUAUGGUGAGACAAUUUCACCAGAUUCACUAAUUAAUCUGAUAUAUGUCAGCACAAACUGAAAACAUGGAUAUCCAUGCGUUCGUUUUAUUUAAAAAAAAUUUGGGGGUCUACAUAUAACACAAAUUAUCUUUCAGGUGAACUUCAUUUAAACUUGGUUUCAACAUUGUUUUUUGUUUUAGCCUAGGUACACACCUGACAAAGAUACUCACCAACAUAAGUCUCCACGGACUGUACAUUGAAGAUGGCUUUCCCCCUGAUGGUAAGCUUAGUUUUAAACAAGUUGGCUGGUCUUGGAUGAUUCUUUUUGAGCUUGAAUUAUUCAUGCUGCUCAGAACUGUUAGUUAAAACUACUUUCUUCCAUUGUUGUAUGGCAGACCUUUUUCAAUAAUAAUGCAAACUUAAUAUAAAAAAAAUUGUUAAAUUUAUAGCUUGUACUUUUUCAUAUAAUAUAUUAUUAUAGUAUGUCUAAGCUAAGAUAUUUUUAAGUUACCUUUAAAAUUAUUUUUUUUUAAUUUUCAGAAACAGAGAGAGACAUUCAUUUCUACUAUGAAUCUGGAAGGUCGGUUGGUUUAAAAAAUAUUAAUUAUAAAAAUAUAAACGCUUGGAUUUUACUCAUGACAUUGAUUGAAUAACACUUGGGGCAUAUUCUCAUGAAGGAAUGAAUAACUGUGGGCUAUUUUCUUUUAACGCCAUGUAGUUUGUCAUUUAACAUUCUAAUUAAGCCAUAGUAGAUGAAUACAUUUUAGAACUGAAACAAAUCCUUAUAUCAUUAAGUCAGUUAUGCCACAAUUAACAUUGCACCUCCUUCCAUCAGCUCUACAAGUGUGUGUCCUAAGGGAAGAACCACCAUCAUCAGUCUUCACUGUGAUCCCAUCAAAGGUGAAGGUGGUGAAAUUCUGUUACCACCCAAAUGUUCGGACGGCACCUGUGAUGGCUGCACCUUUCACUUUCUGUGGAACACCCGACAUGCCUGCCCCAGGUGUAGGAGAGAAGAUUACAAGGUUGUCAAAGGAGAGUGCGUUAAAGGGGAGCAACUCAUUCACUACUUCCCGCCUGAGUGAGUUAAAGAUAAAUAAAUACGAUUCUAAGAUUAAAAGAAACAAACUAUGUGAGCCAUGGAUCUGAAAUGUACCAUUAUAAUGGUUUAUUGUUAUUUUAAGAAUAUCUUUUGCUGUUGAUGCUCUUGAUUAUUAUCAAGUAUUAAAUCUAUGAUUAAGUUCCUAAUUUUCACUAGCUCCCAAGUCCUCAUUGAGAAUAACUUAAUUUAUUGCUCUAUGCCACGGAAAUAGUUUUCUUUCAAGAGAAAUUUAAUCGCUUACUUUGACCACUUCAUUUUAAAAAAAAAAUUUCAAAUGUUCCAGUAGUGUUCAAGCUAGUUAUUACAUAUUUAUAUUUGUUCUCCAUCUAGUCACUGCCUCCAGCUCCCUGAGGAGAGUUUGGUGCCUAUGAGUCAGAAAUGUCAGUUACUUCCCUUUGCAGUAAGUUGAAUUUAACUUCUUGUUACUCAGUGCACAUUUUCUUAUUAAAAAUAGUUUAGUUAACAACAAAAAUUUAAAAAAAAAAAAAAAAAAUUAUUUUUUUUUACAAAUAUUUCCACUUGACUUGAGGUAAAUAUGUUGGUAGGGGGAUUUAUCAAUAUUUAUUAUAGAAUCUAAAGGUCAUCAUAUUCAGCACUUGACUGUGGAAUGCUUUACUAGUCAUUGUGUUUUUUUACAUUGCCACUACAUUUCAGGAAUAUUUUAUAUAAAUAUUUCUAUUUUUAAAAAAAAAACAGGUGAUGGUUGCCAUUCCAGUGACUCUUGGCUUGGGGCUAUUUCUCAUUCUACUUCUCAUCUACUGCUGGUCCAGAAACAAGAAGUUUGUAUUAAUAGUUUGAGUGGUUGUCAUUUUGGCAUCGUCAAUUGAGAAGUUUAAACCCCAAAACCCAAUAGCAUUUGUUGAGCUUUAUUGUGUAUUUCUAAGUUGGUGGCAGCAAGCAUGUUCAAAUGUUCUAAGUUCGUGGCAGCAAGCAUGUUCAAAUGUUCUAAGUUGGUGGCAGCAAGCAUGUUCAAAUGUUCUGAGUUGGUGGCAGCAAGCAUGUUCAAAUGUUCUAAGUUGGUGGCAGCAAGCAUGUUCCAAUGUAAAUCCCCUUUCUGAGCUGGUCAAAUAGUUUUGUUUAUUCAGCCUGAGAAUUCUCCUCUAACAUCUCCUCCCAACUUCCACCUCUAGGAUGUCUUUUUCACCUUUUGGCUAUAAUUGUCCAUUAAAAUGUAAGAGAUCGCUAAAUUUAGAGAUGCACAAGUUUUUACAGUUAACUUUCCCUUUUCCCCCAGGCUUGAGUACAAGUACAUGAAGCUGGUAGAAACAGCUGGAGGCCAGGAUGGUGAGCUGCCAGCUGCUGACACGUGUGGUAUGGAGGAUGAUGAGGAGGAUGUACACUUCUCUGAUCAGAGGAGCUCCAGCUUCUUGGGAAAAAUUAAGGAGAAGUUUGCCAGACAUCCCAUGAAGGCAUUUACUUACAUUGUUUUUGUUCUGGAUCAAAACUAUUUUUAAACUUACGAUUUGAGUUUAUGAAACUGAUCUCUAUCAAUAUUAUUUGAACUCCAUUUGAUGCCAGUCACUGUUUUUAACAUUGUUUGAUGUAUAAUUAUUUUUCUUUUGAGUGUGUGACAAGUUAAAGCAAAAAUUAAUCAAAUUUAAAAUAUCAUCCUAGGAUGACGACAAUCCAUUUGUGGCAGUCAAGAUGUCAGAGAAGAUGUCAUUGACAUAGAUGUGAGAACCCCCUGCGGCAACAAAAGGAGAGCUUUCUUCAGAGUGAACAUCACAUGUGAACUGAAAACUUGGAUAGACUUUUUCCCUACCAGCUGGCAAAUUUAAUUAGAAAAAAUUGUGUAAGUGUACGAUACCCUCCAUGUCAGAAAAACAUCGUUGUCUUCAUACAAGAUUGCCUUUUAAAAAUUGUUUUUGCAAACUUCAAUUAAUUAAAAAAAUGUUUUUGAAUGGUUUCACCUGAGUUUAAAAUUUAAAAAAAGAACAAAUUCUCUUUUUUUUUUUUUUUUUUAAAUUGAAGUCAGGAUGGACAAAUUUAUAAUUUAAAAAUAAAAUUGUAUUCCAAAGGCUUGUUCUGACACAUAAAUUCCAAUGACCUUGUCUGAAACAUAAAGCUAGUCAUUAGUUGUUCUAUGUCCAAUGAGUAGAUUUUAAGAGAAAGCAGGUUAGUCUGUAUAUAUUUUUAUUACGGUAUCUAAUACCAGUUUUCAGCUACUAGAUUUAUUUUAACAAAAUUUCUGUGGCAAAUUAGAAUUUCCCCCUGCAUACUUUAAGAUGUCCAAAUUUAUGCAAAUAGGCAACCCUUAACUUACACUGAUAAUUUCCCACAAAGCUUUGGAGUGCUAUUGUGUGUGUGUACCUUGUGUCAUUAAUCUAGGUCAUAAAAACCAGACCAGUAAUGGGAGACACACAAUGACCACAAUUAACAUUUUAUCUCUGUUUUCUGUCUGAAGUUGUGCUUCAGAUCAUCAUGUUCAAUUCCUUAGUGCAUUUGUUGUAAGUUCUCACAUUCUCAACAAUGGGCUAUCUCCAGGUUAUGCCUAUGGGAUAUCUUCAGGUUAUGCCUAUGGGAUAUCUCCAGGUUAUGCCUAUGGGAUAUCUCCAGGUUAUGCCUAUGGGGUAUCUGCAGGUUAUGCCUAUGGGUUAUCUGCAGGUUAUGCCUAUGGGGUAUCUCCAGGUUAUGCCUAUGGGGGUAUCUGCAGGUUAUGCCUAUGGGAUAUCUCCAGGUUAUGCAUAUGGGGUAUCUCCAGGGUUUCUCUGUAUUCGUUUGGAAGAAGAUCUGUAAAGGAACGUUUUUCUUGAAAUCAUUUAAAAUGGUCAAUUUAUCUUUAAAAAAAUCCUGACCAACUUUUAAAUAAAAGUAAAAGAAUAAAAUAAUGGCAUAUUUAAUUUUAUUUUUUACAAAUGGAAUUCCAGUUCAUAUCAAAUAGAUUGCCAGGCUUUAAAAGAUAAUAAAUACUUAAACAUUUUGUGAAGGCCUGCUUGUGUUAGAUCAUGCUCAAGACUUGAUGUGCUUCACAACAUUUUAAAUAGCCGUAUCAAAUCAUUUUAUAGGUUUCAUUUGCUACACCACUUUUGAUUCACCCUCUCCAAUGUUUCCUAGCUUGCUUAUCAAAAAAUGUAUAUCUUUUAAAAAUAUAAUCUCAUUAUGUCUGCUUUGUGCAUGUCUAUGUCAAUUUUGUAAAUGACGUUGUUGAUUGAUCUGAUCUGAUGCAGUUGUUUUUGUCUCACGUCCUGCAUUAAUCUACAAGAUCUAUAUUUAAGUAUUAACCUGUGUCAAAUCUAGUCAGCAAGAAAAUUGUGUUCUUUAUUUCGUGUUCUUUUUAUGAUGUUAUAUUUUAUGCUACAAUUCAUUUUGUGCAAUAAGAUGACAUAAAUUCUAAAUGCAGCUUUUACCAUAGGCUUAUUUUUAUUUCCUUUUUCAAUUUCUACUGAUUUGAUGGUUUUUUAACUUCACAAAUGAAAUUUGAAAAGGUUAUAUUUUAAAAAUGAUAUGUGAUUUUUCUUUAUAUAUAUAUAUAUAUGUUUAUAAUAUAAUACAUAUAUAUAUGAAGGGUUCAAGGAAAAAACAAGUGAUGUCAGGUUUUGAGAGUUUUGAGAAAAAUUGAAUUUAAAGUUUAAAAAUUCCUCAUGAAAGUAUUAAAAUGUCAAGGUGUCUACAUAUUUAUUUAUUGACUAGGUUGUUCUUUCAGGUGGAUCUAUGUAUCAUAGUAUUCUAUUGAAUGGAAUGUAGCCACAAGGGAGAUAACAUAGAAAUUGUGAAAAACUGACAUCCUUGAACCCGCAUAUUUAUUUAUUUUUAAAAUAUUUUUAAUGGUCAAGAAAUGUAAAUUACAGUCUGAAUUUAGUUGUCUCUGAAUAAAUCUAUACUAAAAGUCACACAGUUCAUUAUUUGAUGAAUAUUGUUAUGCAUUAAUUGUAUACAGCCAAUUAUUUUAAUGUGUCCAGUGUGUCAACUUAGUGCAAAAAGGUUUACACUGCAAAAGGUAUUGUUGCCUAUAGUUGUGAUUUAGAUUUUUCUUCCAGGUUGAGGGUCGUAAAAAAGAAAAUGAUGAGAUUUUGACGAGUAUUAAAUCUUUUGAGAAUUGUGCCUUCUUAAGAGUUGAAUGUCUUGUUGCCAGAGCUGGAAAAUGGUUGAACACUUCAGCUUUGAUGUUGUUUUUUUUUUUUUGUAAGUAACAUUUUCAUUUAACGCAUGAAUAAAUGUAUAAUCUAAUUAAAAAUGCUUUUCAAAAAUAUAUUACCAGUUUUUAAUAUCUUUGAUCUUAUAUUUUUUUUCACUGCAUGAUUUGUGGGAAAAAUGCUUUAUAAAUAAUCAUAGAACAGUUAGCGGGGAUAAUUUUGUAACUCCAAACUAAAGCCUGAUCGGGUUCUGGGUCCACAUUCAUACAGUCUAAUGUUUAUAUAAUAAUAUUGGGAAACAAAAAGUAAAUUAUGCAUUACCUGAUAAAGCAAUAAAAGAGCAUAGAUUAGUUUUUAAGAUCUAGCAACUACAAGUGUUAACAUAUUUUUUAAUCAUAUCUAACUAUCCUGUUACAAUUUUGGUAUUGUUCUAUGACUGGACAUUUCAUUUGAUGUGUUUAUAAUACUUGAAUAUGACACUUGAUGUUAAGGUCAGUAAAGAGCAACAUAUGGUCUUGAUAGCAACAUACGGUCUUGAUAGAAACAUGUGGCCUUGAUUUCAUCUUGGGCUGGGCUUUUAAAAGUUCUUUUAUUUCUCUGUGAAUUAGUUAUUUUUUUAGCCCAACAGGAUUGUGUAAGAAAGGUAAAAUUUUCUUUACAUUUGACAGGGAAAUUUACAAAAGCACAGUGAAAAUAGCUUUUAAUGAAGGUGAAUUUGAAUGAGUAUCAUUAGAUUGAAAUCUUUAUUGUGACAGUAAAAUGUUGAGCUUGGAGAUGAAGGCAAGUUUUAAAAUGAAAACUAAUCAACAUAACUAUAUUGUCAGACACUUAAUUUCUCUAAAUGUUGUGGGUUUGAUUUUAUUUUCUCUUGCAUUCAAAGAAUAAUAAAAUUGAUUUGCUUCCAAAAUAUAUCAUUUUGGUAGGUGUUUGAAAGGAUGAACUUUGACUUCAUGUGAGAACUAUUUUUACGCUGGAUCAAAUUUUCUUUAAAAAAUGUAUCCAAUAUCUUUUUUAUUUGUGCAUGCAUUAUUGAUUUUGAUUUGUUGCUUUGAAAAUAUAUUGUUCAUUUUUUUAAAAAGAAGAAAAUGUGUCUAUUUAAAAAACAAUUAUUUAACACUUCUUUUCAAUGUUUUUUUUUUUUUUUCUUUGAGCACAUCAAUUCUCCCUAGAUGCUGUCACAUAUUUCUUUAAUCUGUCGAAAAGAAGAUCUUCUUUUUUUUGCUUGUUUAAAUAUAUUGUUCAUUUUUUUAAAAAGAAGAAAAUGUGUCUAUUUAAAAAACAAUUAUUUAACACUUCUUUUCAAUGUUUUUUUUUUUUUUCUGUGAGCACAUCAAUUCUCCCUAGAUGCUGUCACAUAUUUCUAUAAUCUGUCGAAAAGAAGAGCUUCUUUUAUUGGCUUGUUUCCUUGGGCCAUCACACAACAUUGUUCCUGUUUGAAUAACCCAGGUAACCUACAUGAGCAAUAAAUUUGUUAGCUACCAU